UGACUUCCUUAUUUGUGGAGAGGAUGGGGUGAGGUAGAAAUGUGCAACCUUCUUUUCUAACUUGCUUGUGACUCUAAAAUUGGUCUGAAGUCACUGAGCAGGGAAGAAGGCAGGCGACUCAGUGAAUAUGAUUUCCCAGUUCAGUGCAAGUACAUACAGCUAAGUAUACAUUAUAUCGCAAAUAAUAGUCUAUCUGAUUAUGCAAGUAAGUGGAAUCUAUUGGCAAAUCUGUACAUACAUACCUUAGGAAUUUUCAUGAGUAUACCAAGAAGUUCCUGAUUCACAAAUUGGCAUGGCUUCACAAGUAAAGAUGCUCAGUGAAUACCUGUUGUUCUUGUGUACUGCAUACUAGUUUAAAUUCUGCAUAGCAGUUCUACUUUAUUCUGCUUUUGCUCUAAGCUCUUAAUUUUGACAGGCAUAGCGCAAAAAACCCCCAGUCUCUCACAUACCUUUAUUCUUCUUGUAGUUAUAACUUUGUCAACUGUCUUCCUUAUUAGCUGAGAUGCCCAGACAGUUUCCAAAGCUGAACAUCUCUGAGGUUGAUGAACAUGUGCGACUUCUAGCAGAGAAGGUAUUUGCUAAAGUUCUCCGAGAAGAAGACAGCAAAGAUGCCUUGUCACUAUUCACUGUGCCUGAAGACUGCCCUAUUGGGCAGAAAGAGGCCAAGGAAAGGGAACUGCAGAAGGAACUGGCAGAACAGCAGUCUGUGGAAACAGUUAAAAGGAAGAAAAGCUUCAAGAUGAUUCGAUCCCAGUCUUUGUCAUUACAAAUUCCAUCUCAAGAAUGGAAAGCACCAUCGGCCAAUCCUGUUCUGUCUCCUGCAACGCCAGUUCUUCCAAGUGCUUUUCUGCCGGUCCAAGUGCCAUAUGAUGUACCAGAGUUUCAGAGAGUUUCAAUUAGUGGGGACUACUGUGCAGGGGUUACAGUUGAUGAUUAUGAACAAGCUGCCAAGAGCCUGGUGAAAGCUCUUCUCAUUCGAGAAAAGUAUUCACGUCUUGCCUACCAUCGCUUCCCAAGAACAACAUCUCAGUAUUUGUGUAGCAUGCAAGAUGAAAAAUGGAAGGUUGAAGAUGAAGUGUAUCCAGAUUUCCAUUCACCCCCAGAAGAUAAUGAAGAUCCUUACAAUCUUGAUGAUGCUCCAGACAAUUUGGAUUAUGUUGUCAAGAUAAAAGGUGGCAUUCCCUUUGUUUAUGAUAACAAAGAAAUGAUGGAACUCAAUGAGCCUCGGAGUCUGCCAUAUCCUGACCUGGAGACCUAUACCCUUGACCUGAGCCACGUACUUGCUCUAAUUGCAGAUGGUCCAACAAAAACAUAUUGUCAUCGGAGGCUUAACUUUUUAGAAUCUAAAUUUAGUUUACAUGAGAUGUUAAAUGAAAUGUCGGAAUUCAAAGAACUAAAGAGUAAUCCCCAUCGAGACUUUUAUAAUGUGAGAAAGGUUGAUACUCAUAUCCAUGCUGCUGCUUGCAUGAACCAGAAACACUUAUUGAGGUUUAUUAAGCACACGUAUCAAACGGAGCCUGACAGGAUUGUUGCAGAGAAAAAAGGCAAGAAGAUGACUUUAAAGCAAGUCUUCGAAAGCCUUCACAUGGACCCUUACGACCUCACUGUAGACUCUUUAGAUGUCCAUGCAGGUCGUCAAACAUUUCAUCGCUUUGACAAAUUCAAUUCCAAGUACAAUCCAGUCGGUGCCAGUGAGCUGAGGGACUUGUAUUUGAAAACUGAGAACUACAUUGGUGGUGAAUAUUUUGCUCGUAUGGUCAAGGAAGUAGCCCGUGAACUAGAAGAAAGUAAGUACCAGUAUACAGAACCCCGCUUAUCCAUUUAUGGACGGUCUCCAGAUGAAUGGCUGAACUUGGCAAAAUGGUUCAUUAAGCAUAAAGUUUAUUCCCCUAACAUGCGCUGGAUAAUUCAGGUUCCCAGAAUCUAUGACAUAUUUAGGUCAAAAAAUAUUCUGCCUAGUUUUGGGAAGAUGUUGGAGAACAUCUUUGUACCUUUGUUUGAAGCAACAAUCAAUCCCAAAGACCACAAAGAAUUGCACCUUUUCCUCAAAUAUGUGACUGGCUUUGACAGUGUUGAUGAUGAAUCCAAACAUAGUGGCCAUAUGUUCUCUGACAAGAGCCUUAACCCUGACCUCUGGAGCAGUGAGAAGAAUCCCCCUUAUAGCUAUUAUUUGUAUUAUAUGUAUGUGAACAUCAUGUUGCUAAACAACCUUAGGAGGGAAAGAGGCAUGUGUACUUUUCUGUUUCGACCUCACUGUGGAGAAGCUGGGUCUAUCACACACCUUGUAUCAGCCUUUCUGACAGCAGACAACAUUUCCCACGGAUUGCUCUUGAAGAAGAGUCCUGUCCUCCAGUAUCUUUAUUAUCUUGCACAAAUACCCAUUGCUAUGUCUCCUCUUAGUAACAACAGCCUAUUCCUGGAGUACUCAAAAAAUCCACUACGGGAAUUUCUACAUAAGGGACUUCAUGUCUCUCUCUCCACAGAUGAUCCUAUGCAGUUUCAUUAUACAAAGGAAGCUCUCAUGGAAGAAUACGCUAUUGCAGCCCAGGUAUGGAAACUAAGUACCUGUGACUUGUGUGAAAUAGCAAGAAACAGCGUACUACAGAGUGGAUUGUCAGAUAAGGAAAAACAGAAAUUCUUAGGGGUGAAUUACUGUAAAGAAGGGCCUGAGGGAAAUGACAUUCGAAAGACAAAUGUUGCACAGAUCCGGAUGGCCUUCAGGUACGAGACACUGUGCAAUGAACUUAGUUUCCUGUCUGAUGCUAUGAGAACAGAAGAGAUUUCUACUCUGUCAAAGUAGUUACAAACUCAAAGAAACCAGAACAUUUCACUCCUGAGCAGGGUAAGAUGCUAAUUAACAUUGAAUCAUCUGUCUUUGAUGCUACCAAGACAUAACUGAACAGUACAGAGAAAAAUAGAGUAUCUAUGGAAGGUAAACAGCAUUUGCCGUUAUCUUUUACUGCAUUAUUCUCAUUGCAAAAAUAUCAGUUUCUACAAACAUUAGGCUUUGUAAGAUUGCUGUAAAUACUAAAUGCAAACUCAGUCUCAUGUAAUAUUUGUUUCAUACUGUCUUAACUGUGGAAUAUACUGUAGCUUGGAAAACAACAGAGAAUAUUCAUAGUGCAUCUGUGAUAUGCACCUUAGGAUUCUGCAGAUGCUGACAGUAUACAUGCACCUGUUUUUGUCCUGCUAGUCUCAGUAGCGGUCAUGGCAUUUAGCACUUUUAAGUUUAACCCUUUAUUCAUUAGCAGUUUGUAUGGGGUGCAUAAUUUUGAGGCUACCCUUUCAUUCUGGAAGGUGUUCUGACACAGGUUUUUAUCUUAAUGUUUCAGCAGUUAUACUGGAAAACAAGAAAAAACAAAAUCCGGUAGUCCUGUUUAAUGACUAAUUAAUUACUUCCUGUUGUCAUGUAGGAUGUCUGUGAAGAAUAGCAGAUUAAUGCUUUUUAAUCUAGUAAGUAGAACACAUGGUGUCAAAAUCAUCACUAUUGUACAUUGUAAUAAUGAAUCUAAUUUUAUCAUGAAAACUUUGCCUUGAAAGUUGAGAACACUUUUUUAUUGCUUUGUAAUGGGAAUAUGUGGGUACGCCAGUUCAAAUUACUUGGAAAUUUAUGCAGAUAAUUUUGGUUGCAUGUAAAGAGAAAUUUUUUUACUUGAACAAAGGAAGUGUUCUUAUGAAUCAGUGGUAGAAACUCCAGACCUGGGUGCUGGUCCUACUUCUGACAUCUUUUUACACAUUUGUGUUAGUUUGUAUUUUAGUCAGUUAGAGUUGAAUGAGAAGUCUAUUUAUACAGAAGCUAGCCCACUUGAAAUAUGUCAUUUCAAAUCAUGUUAUGUUAAAAUUUUAUUUCUGAUGGAGUGGCUA